AGGGGUUACAGAGAAUUACAGGGGGUUACAGGGCGUUACAGGGGGGUUACAAAGGGUUCUAAGGGGUUACAAGGGGUUACAGGGGGUUACAAGGGGUUACAAAGGGUACAGGGGGUUACAAGGGGUAACAGGGGGUUACAGCGGGUUACAAUGGGUUACAGGGGGUUACAGGAGGUUAAAAGGGGUUACAGGGGGUUACAAAGAAUUACAGGGGGUAACAAGGGGUUACAGGGCGUAACAAGGGGUUAAAGAGGGUUACAAGGGGUUACAAAGGGUUACAAAGGGGUUACAAAGGGUUACAAAGGGUUAAAGGGAGUUACAGGAGGUUUGAAGCGGUUACAGGGGGUUACAGGGGGUUACAAGAGGUUACAAGGGGUUACACGAGGUUACAAGGGGUUACAGGGGAUUACAAAAGGUUACAAGGGGUUACAGGGGGUUACAAGGGGUAACAAGGGGUUAGUGGGAAUUGCAGGGGGUUACAAAAGGUUACAGGGGGUUAGAAACGGUCACAAAAGUUACACGGGGUUACAAGGGGUUAAAAGGGGUUACAAGAAGUUAAAGUGGCUAAAGUAGGUUACAAGCGGUUACAGGGGGUUACAAAAGGUUUGAAGGGGUUACAGGGGUUACAGGGGGUUACCAGUGGGAAAUAUUGGGGUUUCCGCUUAAUUGGGGUUACAGGGGGUUACAGAGGGUUACAAGGGGUUACAAGGGGUUACAGGGGGUUACAGGGGGUUACCAGGGGUUACAUGGAAUAUCAGGGGGUUACAAGGGGUUAAACGGGGUUACAAGGGGUUACAGGAGGUUACAGGUGAUUAGAAGGAGUUAAAAGGGGUUACAGGGAUUUACAGGGGGUUACAAGGGGUUAAAGGAGGUUACAAGCGGUUACAGGGGGUUACAGGGGGUUACAACAGGUUACAAAGGGGUUACAAGGGGUUACAAGGGGUUACAGGGGGUUACAAGGGGUUACAGGGGAUACAGGGGGUUACCAGGGGGUAGAGGGGUUACAAGGGGUAACAGGGGGUUACAGAGGGGUACAAAGGGUUACAAGGGGUUGCAGGAGGUUACAGGGGGUUACAGAAGGUUACACGGGGUUACAAGGGGUUACACGGGGUUACAAGGGGUUACAGGGGGUUACAGGGAAUUACAAGGGAUUACAAGGGUUAAAAAGGUUUACAAGGGGUUACAAGGGGUUACAGGGAAUUACAGCAGGUUACAAAGGAUCACAAGGGUUACAGGGGGUUACAAGGGGUUACAGGGGGUUACAACAGGUUACAAGGGGUUACAGGGGGUUACAGGAGGCUAAAAGGGGUAAGAGGAGUUACAGGGGGUUACAAGAGGUUACAAGGGGUUCUCAGAGGUUACAAGGGGAAACAAGAGGUAACAGAGGAUUACAAGAGGUUACAAGGGGUUACAAGGAGUUACAGGGAAUUACAGCAGGUUACAAAGGAUCACAAGGGUUACAACAGGUUACAAGGGGUUACAGGGGGCUAAAAGGGGUAACAGGAGUUACAAGACGUUACAAGGGGUUACCGGAGGUUACAAGGGGUUACAAGAGGUAACAGGGGAUUACCAGGGGUUACAAGGGGUUACAGGGGGUUACAAGGGGUUCCAAGGGGUUACAGGGGGUUACAAGGGGUUACAGGAGUUACAGGGGGUUCCCAUGGGGUACUAGGGGUUACGAGGGGUAACAGGGGGUUACAGCGGGUUACAAGGGGUUACAAGGGGUUACAAUGGGUUACAGGGGGUUACAGAGAAUUACAGGCGGUUACAGGGCGUUACAGGGGGUAACAAGGGGUUAAAGGGGGUUACAAAGGGUUACAAAGGGUUACAAAGGAUUAAAGGGGGUUACAAGGGGUUACAGGGGAUUACAUAGGGUUACAAGAGGUUACAAGGGGUUACUGGAGGUAACUACGGGUUACAAGAGGUAACAAGGGAUUACCAGGGGAAACAAGAGGUUACAGGGGGUUACAAACCGUCACAAGGGUUACAGGGGGUUACAACGGGUUACAAAGGGUUAAAAGGCGUUACAGGGAGUUACAACAGGUUACAAGGGGUUACAAGGGGUUACAAGGGGUUACAAGGGGUUACAAGGGGUUACAAAGGGUUACAAGGGUUACAAGGGGUUACAAAGGGUUACAAAGGGUUACAAGGGGUUACAAGGGGUUACAAGGGGUUACAAGGGGUUACAAGGGGUUACAAAGGGGUUACAAGGGGUUACAAGGGGUUACAAGGGGUUACAAGGGGUUACAAAGGGUUACAAGGGGUUACAAAGGGUUACAAGGGGUUACAAGGGGUUACAAAGGGUUACAAAGGGUUACAAGGGGUUACAAGGGGUUACAAGGGGUUACAAGGGGUUACAAGGGGUUACAAAGGGUUACAAGGGGUUACAAAGGGUUACAAAGGGUUACAAGGGGUUACAAAGGGUUACAAGGGGUUACAAAGGGUUACAAAGGGUUACAAAGGGUUACAAGGGGUUACAAAGGGUUACAAGGGGUUACAGGGGUUACAAGGGUUACAAAGGGUUACAAGGGGUUACAAGGGGUUACAAGGGGUUACAAGGGGUUACAAAGGGUUACAAGGGGUUACAAGGGUUACAAGGGGUUACAAGGGGUUACAAUGGGUUACAAAGGGGUUACAAAGGGUUACAAUGGGUUACACAAGGGGUUACAAGGGGUUACAAGGGGUUACAGGGGGUUACAAGGGGUUACAAGGGGUUACAGGGGGUUACAAGGGGUUACAAUGGGUUACAGGGGGUUACAAGGGGUUACAAUGGGUUACAGGGGGUUACAAGGGGUUACAAUGGGUUACAGGGGUUACAAGGGGUUACAAGGGGUUACAAUGGGUUACAAGGGGUUACAAGGGGUUACAAGGGGUUACAGGGGGUUACAAGGGGUUACAAGGGGUUACAGGGGGUUACAAGGGGUUACAAGGGGUUACAAGGGGUUACAAGGGGUUACAAGGGGUUACAAGGGGUUACAAGGGGUUACAAGGGGUUACAAGGGGUUACAAGGGGUUACAAGGGGUUACAAUGGGGUUACAAGGGGUUACAAUGGGUUACAGGGGGUUACAAGGGGUUACAAGGGGUUACAAGGGGUUACAAUGGGUUACAGGGGGUUACAAGGGGUUACAAUGGGUUACAGGGGGUUACAAGGGGUUACAAGGGGUUACAAUGGGUUACAAUGGGUUACAAGGGUUACAAGGGGUUACAAAACAGGGUUACAAUGGGUUACAAUGGGUUACAAUGGGUUACAGGGGGUUACAAGGGGGGUUACAAGGGGUUACAAUGGGUUACAGGGGGUUACAAGGGGUUACAAUGGGUUACAGGGGGUUACAAGGGGUUACAAGGGGUUACAAUGGGUUACAGGGGGUUACAAGGGGUUACAAGGGGUUACAAGGGGUUACAGGGGGUUACAAGGGGUUACAAUGGGUUACAGGGGUUACAAGGGGUUACAGGGGGUUACAAGGGGUUACAAGGGGUUACAAUGGGUUACAGGGGGUUACAAGGGGUUACAAGGGGUUACAAUGGGUUACAGGGGGUUACAAGGGGUUACAAGGGGUUACAAGGGGUUACAAGGGGUUACAAGGGGUUACAAUGGGUUACAAGGGGUUACAAGGGGUUACAAGGGGUUAAUGGGUUACAAGGGGUUACAAGGGGUUACAAGGGGUUACAAGGGGUUACAAGGGGUUACAAGGGGUUACAGGGGGUUACAAGGGGUUACAAUGGGUUACAGGGGGUUACAAGGGGUUACAAUGGGUUACAGGGGGUUACAAGGGGUUACAAGGGGUUACAAUGGGUUACAGGGGGUUACAAGGGGUUACAAUGGGUUACAGGGGGUUACAAGGGGUUACAAUGGGUUACAGGGGGUUACAAGGGGUUACAAGGGGUUACAAUGGGUUACAGGGGGUUACAAGGGGUUACAAUGGGUUACAGGGGGUUACAAGGGGUUACAAGGGGUUACAGGGGGUUACAAGGGGUUACAAGGGGUUACAAUGGGUUACAGGGGGUUACAAGGGGUUACAAGGGGUUACAGGGGGUUACAAGGGGUUACAAGGGUUACAAGGGGUUACAAUGGGUUACAAGGGGUUACAAUGGGGGUUACAAGGGUUACAAUGGGUUACAAGGGGUUACAAUGGGUUAAGGGGUUACAAUGGGUUACAAGGGGGUUACAAGGGGUUACAAUGGGUUACAAUGGUUUACAAAGGGGUUACAAUGGGGUUACAAUGGGUUACAAGGGGGGGUUACAAGGGGUUACAAUGGGUUACAAUGGGUUACAAGGGGUUACAAGGGGUUACAAUGGGGGGGUUACAAGGGUUACAAUGGGUUACAGGGGGUUAAAAGGGGUUACAAAGGGGUUACAAUGGGUUACAAUGGUUACAAGGGGGGUUACAAUGGGUUACAAUGGGUUACAAAGGGUUACAAUGGGUUACAAUGGGUUACAAGGGGUUACAAGGGGUUACAAUGGGUUACAAUGGGUUAAAGGGGUUACAAAUGGGUUACAAGGGGUUACAAUGGGUUACAAGGGUUACAAUGGGUUACAAUGGGUUACAAGGGGUUACAAUGGGUUACAAGGGGUUACAAUGGGUUACAAUGGGUUACAAGGGGUUACAAGGGGUUACAAUGGGUUACAAUGGGUUACAAAGGGGUUACAAGGGGUUACAUGGGUUACAGGGGUUUACAAUGGGUUACAAUGGGUUACAAUGGGUUACAAGGGGUUACAAUGGGUUACAAGGGGUUACAAUGGGUUACAAUGGGUUACAAGGGGUUACAAUGGGUUACAAGGGGUUACAAGGGGGGGUUACAAUGGGUUACAAUGGGUUACAAGGGGUUACAAUGGGUUACAAGGGGUUACAAGGGGUUACAAUGGGUUACAGGGGUUACAAGGGGUUACAAUGGGUUACAAAGGGGUUACAAGGGGUUACAAUGGGUUACAAGGGGUUACAAGGGGUUUACAAUGGGUUACAAGGGGUUACAAGGGGUUACAAUGGGUUACAGGGGUUACAAGGGGUUACAAUGGGUUACAAUGGGUUACAAAGGGGGUUACAAUGGGUUUAAAAGGGGUUACAAGGGGUUACAAUGGGUUACAAUGGGGUUACAAAGGGGUUACAAGGGUUACAAUGGGUUACAAGGGGUUACAAGGGGUUACAAUGGGUUACAAGGGGUUACAAUGGGUUACAAUGGGGUUACAAUGGGUUACAGGGGUUACAAGGGGUUACAAUGGGUUACAAUGGGUUACAAGGGGUUACAAUGGGUUACAAUGGGUUACAGGGGUUACAAGGGUUACAAGGGUUACAAUGGGUUACAAUGGGUUACAAGGGGUUACAAGGGGUUACAAGGGUUAAAAGGGGUUACAAGGGUUACAAUGGGUUACAAAGGGGUUACAAAGGGUUACAAUGGGGUUACAAUGGGUUACAAGGGGUUACAAGGGGUUACAAUGGGGUUACAAUGGGUUACAAGGGUUACAAUGGGUUACAAUGGGUUACAAGGGGUUACAAGGGGUUACAAUGGGUUACAAUGGGUUACAAGGGGUUACAAUGGGUUACAAUGGGUUACAAGGGGUUACAAGGGGUUACAAUGGGUUACAGGGGUUACAAAGGGUUACAAUGGGUUACAAUGGGUUACAAUGGGUUACAAGGUUACAAGGGGUUACAAUGGGUUACAAAAAAGGGGUUACAAGGGGUUACAAGGGUUACAAGGGGUUACAAUGGGUUACAAUGGGUUACAAGGGGUUACAAUGGGUUACAAUGGGGUUACAAGGGGUUACAAUGGGUUACAAUGGGUUACAAAUGGGGUUACAAGGGGUUACAAUGGGUUACAAGGGGUUACCAGGGGUUACAAUGGGUUACAAGGGGUUACAAUGGGUUACAGGGGGUUACAAGGGGUUACAAUGGGUUACAGGGGGUUACAAGGGGUUACAAGGGGUUACAAUGGGUUACAGGGGGUUACAAGGGGUUACAAUGGGUUACAGGGGGUUACAAGGGGUUACAAGGGGUUACAGGGGGUUACAGGGGGUUACAAGGGGUUACAAGGGGUUACAAGGGGUUACAAGUUACAAAGGUUACAAGGGUUACAAGGGGUUACAAUGGGUUACAAAGGUUACAAAGGGGUUACAAUGGGUUACAGGGGUUACAAUGGGUUACAAUGGGUUACAAGGGGUUACAAGGGGUUACAAUGGGGUUACAAGGGGUUACAAGGGGUUUACAAGGGGUUACAAUGGGUUACAAUGGGUUACAAGGGGUUACAAAGGGUUACAAUGGGUUACAAGGGGUUACAAGGGGUUACAAUGGGUUACAAGGGGUUACAAUGGGUUACAAGGGUUACAAGGGUUACAAUGGGUUACAAUGGGUUACAAGGGGUUACAAUGGGUUACAAUGGGUUACAAGGGGUUUACAAUGGGUUACAAGGGGUUACAAUGGGUUACAAUGGGGUACAAGGGGUUACAAGGGGUUACAAUGGGUUACAAGGGGUUACAAUGGGUUACAAGGGGUUACAAUGGGUUACAAUGGGUUACAAGGGGUUACAAGGGGUUACAAAAGGGGUUACAAAAGGGUUACAAGGGGUUACAAGGGGUUACAAUGGGUUACAGGGGUUACAAGGGGUUACAAUGGGUUACAAGGGGGGGUUACAAUGGGGGGGUUACAAUGGGUUACAAUGGGUUACAAGGGGUUACAAAACAAAAGGGGUUACAAUGGGUUACAAGGGGUUACAAUGGGUUACAAAGGGGUUACAAUGGGGGUUACAAGGGGUUACAAUGGGUUACAAUGGGGUUACAAGGGUUACAAUGGGUUACAAUGGGUUACAAGGGGUUACAAUGGGUUACAGGGGUUUACAAGGGGUUACAAAGGGUUACAAUGGGUUACAAGGGUUACAAGGGGUUACAAUGGGUUACAAGGGGUUUACAAUGGGUUACAAUGGGUUACAAAGGGGGUUACAAUGGGUUACAAGGGUUUACAAAAGGUUACAGGGGUUACAAUGGGUUACAAUGGGUUACAAGGGGUUACAAAUGGGUUACAGGGGGUUACAAGGGGUUACAAUGGGUUACAAUGGUUACAAGGGGUUACAAGGGUUACAAGGGUUACAAUGGGUUACAGGGGUUACAAGGGGUUACAAUGGGUUACAGGGGUUACAAGGGGUUACAAUGGGUUACAAUGGGGUUACAAGGGUUACAAGGGGGUUACAAGGGGUUACAAGGGGGGUUACAAUGGGUUACAGGGGGGUUAAAUGGGUUACAAGGGGUUACAAUGGGUUACAAGGGUUACAAUGGGUUACAAUGGGUUACAAGGGGUUACAAUGGGUUACAAUGGGUUACAAGGGGUUACAAGGGUUACAAGGGUUACAAUGGGUUACAACAAGGGGUUACAAAUGGGUUACAGGGGUUACAAGGGGUUACAAUGGGUUACAAGGGGUUACAAUGGGUUACAAUGGGUUACAAGGGGUUACAAUGGGGGUUACAAGGGGUUACAAGGGGUUACAAGGGGUUACAAUGGGUUACAAUGGGUUACAAGGGUUACAAGGGGUUACAAUGGGUUACAGGGGUUACAAUGGGGUUACAGGGGGUUACAAGGGGGGUUACAAGGGGUUACAAACAGGGGUUACAAGGGUUACAAUGGGUUACAGGGGGUUACAAGGGGUUACAAUGGGUUACAGGGGUUACAAUGGGUUACAAUGGGUUACAAGGGUUACAAUGGGGUUACAAGGGGUUACAAGGGGUUACAAGGGGUUACAAGGGGUUACAAGGUUACAAUGGGUUACAAGGGGUUACAAUGGGGGGGGUUACAAGGGGUUACAAGGGGUUACAAUGGGUUACAAGGGGUUACAAGGGUUACAAAGGGUUACAAUGGGUUACAAGGGGUUACAAUGGGUUACAAUGGGUUACAAAGGGGUUACAAGGGGUUACAAUGGGUUACAGGGGUUACAAGGGGUUACAAUGGGUUACAAUGGGUUACAAAAACAAUGGGUUACAAUGGGGUUACAAGGGUUACAAUGGGUUACAAUGGGUUACAAAAAAAGUUACAAGGGGUUACAAUGGGUUACAAAAAGGGUUACAAUGGGUUACAAUGGGUUACAAGGGGUUACAAUGGGUUACAAGGGUUACAAUGGGGUUACAAGGGGUUACAAUGGGUUACAAUGGGUUACAAGGGGUUACAAUGGGUUACAAUGGGUUACAAGGGGUUACAACGGGUUACAAGGGGUUAAAAAGGGUUAAAAGGGAUUACAAAGGGUUACAAGAGGUUACCAAGGGUUACAAUGGGUUACAAGGGUUACAAUGGGUUACAAUGGGUUACAGGGGUUACAAGGGGUUACAAGGGGUUACAAUGGGUUACAAUCGGUUACAAUGGGUUACAAAGGGGUUACAAUGGGUUACAAGGGGGGUUACAAGGGGUUAGAAGGGGUUACAAUGCGUUACAAGGGGUUAAAAGGGGUUACAAUGGGUUACAGGGGUUACAAGGGGUUACAAUGGGUUACAAGGGGUUAAUGGGUUACAAUGGGUUACAAAGGGGUUACAAGGGGUUACAAUGGGUUACAAUGGGUUACAAGGGGUUACAAGGGGUUACAAUGGGUUACAAUGGGUUACAAGGGGUUACAAGGGGUUACAAUGGGGUUACAGGGGUUACAAGGGGUUACAAGGGGGGGUUACGAAGGGUUACAAGGGGUUACAAAGGGUUACAAGGGGUUACAAAGGGUUACAAGGCAUUACAAGGGGUUACAAGGGGUUACAAAGGGUUACAAGGGGUUACAAAGGGUUACAAGGGGUUACAAAGGGUUACAAAGGGUUACAAAGGGUUACAAGGGGUUACAAAGGGUUACAAAGGGUUACAAAGGGUUACAAGGGGUUACAAGGGGUUACAAGGGGUUACAAGGGGUUACAAAGGGUUACAAGGGGUUACAAGGGUUACAAAGGGUUACAAGGGGUUACAAAGGGGUUACAAGGGGUUACAAAGGGUUACAAGGGGUUACAAAGGGUUAGAAAGGGUUACAAGGGGUUACAAAGGGUUACAAGGGUUACAAGGGGUUACAAAGGGUUAGAAGGGGUUACAAAGGGUUACAAGGGGUUACAAUGGGUUACAGGGGGUUACAAGGGGUUACAAAGGGUUACAAGGGGUUACAGGGGGUUACAAGGGGUUACAAGGGGUUACAAUGGGUUACAGGGGGUUACAAGGGGUUACAAGGGGUUACAAGGGGUUACAAUGGGUUACAGGGGGUUACAAGGGGUUACAAUGGGUUACAGGGGGUUACAAGGGGUUACAAGGGGUUACAGGGGG